UUUAUUUGGUUCGCAACUCGACUUUAUAUAUGAUAAACAGGUUCAUUUGUUUAAAUUCCUGCCUGCCGCUCAGUGCGUGAUUGCUGCUCCAAAUCCAAAGUCGUCGUAAUGUUGCGUAACAGGCUGUUAGAUGGAGUCAAGCGGAUGAAACCGAUCCUCAGCGGUUGGCAAAACCUACGAUCCCUAUCGAAUGGGGGGAACUCCAAGCUGACCACCAUAGAGGUGGAUGAUAGGAGUGGAAUUGCCACUUUAUCGAUGAACCUACCGCCUGUAAACACUUUGACCAUGGACCUCAUGCACGACCUCAUCGACUCCAUCAAUCAGAUCGAGAGCAACAAGAGUCGUGGUCUUAUCUUGACAUCGAGCAAUGACAAGGUUUUCUCCGCUGGUCUUGAUCUCAACGAGCUGCUGAAUCCAGAAGUGGAGCGUUUGCGGUUAUUCUGGACCAGAUUUCAGGAUUUGUGGCUAGCCCUGCAUCUUUGUGGCCUGCCCACAGCAGCAGCUAUCAAUGGCCAUUCACCUGCCGCCGGCUGCGUUUUGGCCACUGCCUGUGAAUACCGGGUCAUGCUGCCCAAUCUCUUCAUUGGAAUCCAUGCCACCCGUUUCAGCUUCGUCAUCUCCAAGUGGAUGAUGAACUCGUACCAGAGCGUCCUUCCCCGCCGGAUUGUCGAGCGGGCCCUCAACCAGGGUAAGCUCUUCGCCACCCAGGAAGCUCUGGAGGUGGGCCUCGUCGACGAGGUGGCUUCUAGCAAAGAGGAGGCGAUCGCCAAGUGUGCCGAGUUUAUAGCCACCUUCGACAAGGCCAAUCCGGUGGCCAGAAGCCUCACCAAGCGAAUGUGCCGCGAGCCGGAUGUGCGGGAGCUGCUCAAGGAUCGGCUGGGGGAUCUGAAGGAGUGCGUCGACUAUGUCAUGACUCCACUUUUCCAGGAGGGACUGUGCGCCCAUCUCGAGGGUCUUAAGAAGAGGAAAUAGAGCGAUUCCAGAAGCUGGUGAUCAAAUUGCAUUUAUUGUAUAUGGUUUUAUAUAUGUGUAUUAAAAUUGUUAAUCCGAAGAGCUGCAA